GUCGUCGUCGUCGGCGGCGGCGCGUCGGGCUACUUCGCGGCCAUCAGCGCGGCGCGCAGCGGCGGCGCGGGCGUCGUGCUGCUCGAGGGCACGCGCAAGCCGCUCAAGAAGGUGCUCGCCUCCGGCGGCGGGCGCUGCAACGUCAUGCACGACCCGGCGCUGCCCGUGCCGGACUUCGUCGAGCGCUACCCGCGCGGGAGCCGCGAGCUCCGCGGGCCCUACACCAAGGUCUUCGGCCCCGAGGACGCGAAAGCCUGGUUCGAGGCCGAGGGCGUCGCCCUCAAGACGGAGGCCGACGGCCGCGUCUUUCCGGUGACCGACGACGCGCGGACCGUCGCCGACGCGCUGACGCGGGCCGCCGACGCCGCGGGCGUCGACGUUCGCGCGGGCGACGCCGUCACGGCCAUCGACGCGCUGGGCGACGGCGGCUUCGCCGUGUCCGCGGGCGGCGAGACCCUGGCCUGCGACGCCGUCGUCCUCGCGACGGGCUCGUCGCCGUCGGGCUACGAGCUCGCGGCGUCGCUCGGCCACGAGCCCAAACGGCCCUACCCGUCGCUCUUCUCGUUCCGCGUCCCGCGCAGCCCGCUCGACGGCCUCGCGGGGCUCAGCCUCGCCGACGCGGCGCUCGACCUCGCCGCCGCGGGCAAGAAGAAGCAUCGCAAGUCGCCGCAGCGCGGCCCGCUCCUCGUCACGCACCGCGGCGUCUCCGGCCCCGCGGCUUUGAAGCUCUCGGCGUUUUUAGCGAGGGAGCUCAAGGACGCCGGCUACCGGGGCGAGCUGCGCCUCGACGCGCUGCCGUCGUCGUCCCCCGGCGCCGUCCGCGACGCCGUGCUGUCCUACCGCCGGACGAACCCGAAGAAGGCCGCGCGGACGCGCGGGCCCUUUUCGGAGAUCCCGCGGCGGCUCUGGGCGCGCUACUGCGACCACGCGGCGUUCCCGGACGACGCGAACUGGGCCGACGUCUCGGAGAAGAAGGCCGAGGCCCUCGCGGCGGCGCUCAAGGCGCUGCCCCUGGCCUUCGACGGCAAGGACACGAACAAGGACGAGUUCGUCACCGCGGGCGGCGUCUGUUUGAAGGAGGUCGACAUGCGGACGUUCGAGUCCAAGAAGGUGCCGGGCCUCCACGUCACGGGCGAGCUCCUCGACGUCGACGGCGUCACGGGCGGCUUCAACUUCAUGAACUGCUGGUGCUCGGGCUACGCCGCGGGCGCGUCCGCCGCGGCC